AUCAUCCUCUAUUCGCUUAUAACAGCAGUUACAGGACACCCUGUAUACAUCCCCCAUACGUAUUCUCAUAUAGUACGACACGAGUAAAGUAAAAAUAGAUCCUUCGAAAGAAUUGAUCUAUAUUGCUGUUAUCCAAUGACGGCUCCCAUACCACGGAGUAAUAAAUCAUGUGCGUCUCUGGAAGUGUCGCGUUCGAGGUAUCACCCCUGCGAAGGACAAAACGCCAUCGAUCGGUUUGUUUACCGGGCACGAGUCGCGGAGGUGAAGGGGACGCUCGAAGGAUGCGUAAUAAUGCGUCUAUUAAAUAUCAUCGGGCACAAGAGAGGGUUCAUAAUCGAUGAGCCGCCCCGGAGGGAAAACAGUGGCAGCCAAGUCAUGGAGAGGUUCAGUCCGCCGGCGGCGUCGUUGAAGAAAAGAAUCAGCCCACCCAUCGCGUGGAACCUCGGUCUCACCAGCAAGGAGCCAAGGAUCAUCAGGGUGAUUCUGUUAGGCCACCAGGGCGUCGGAAAAACUGCCCUGGCCGUACGAUUCGCGACGAAGCGAUUCAUCGGGGAGUACGACGGCUCCACGGAGAGAAUUUACAAGGUGGACAGCUUCCUGGACGCCACGUGGGAGCUAACCGAUCCGCCGGGGUUCCUGCCACCGCCAACGGAAUUCAAAUUACGCUGGGCGGACGCCAUAAUCCUCGUCUACUCCGUGUCGGAUCGGGUCAGCUUCGACGAAACGUCUCGCCUCCGGUUUCUAGUGUCCCGCGCGAAGAACACCAGAAAAGUGCCACCGGUGGUGAUGCUAAUAGCCAACAAGUCGGACCUGUCGUACACCCCGGGUGAGAGGGUGGUGUCCCCCUCCGAAGGGCGUCAAAGGGCAGAGGAGAUCGAGGCCCACGCGUUCCACGAAAUCUCCGUCAGGGAAUCCGUGGAACAGGUCAUGGCCGUUUUCACCGACAUCUUUAAACUGUUGACGGAAUUGCCCGGCAAUUCUGGCCAGCAGGCGAGCUCCUUCAGGGUGAGGGCAUCCACGGACAGCACGCUCAACGCUCUUCGUCGCCCCUCGCCUGUGCCCUUGAAGAGACGAUUCAGUAUAUCCGUGCGGGGAACGAUGCACUGAUGAACGGAACGGCCUUCCGUUUCGAGAACAGAGUAGGAAGACGAAAACAUGAUUUUUCGAACAAGUCGUCUGUUAAUUACGAUGAUCCAUAAUUGAUUCAAUUAUUAAAAAUUGAUAGUUGAAGUUCAGAUAUCAAAAUGUCGAGGUUAGAUUACUAAACCGUACGGAAUGGUAAUUCUUGAAUGAACAAAACAGUGUUAUACAAUGUUUUCCUGUUGGGAAUAUUUAUAGCUGAACAGCUGAGGCUGGUAACGGACGCUGGAACGGUUGCCUGUUUCAGGCGUCGAUCAUCAUAGAUAAGGAUAACGCAUGGUCGAUUGAAAACUUUCUUGAGUCUAUAGACUCUGCUUGACUCGUUGAAAAAUUGUGGUUUUAGCUUUGGGCCUCUCUUCGUUAAUACUUACUUUUAAAAACCGCUGAAUUUUCAAUUGUUUUUGAACUCCAGGCAAUUUUGAUUAAGUUGAAAAAAUACGAAAAUAAUUGCCUUUAGUUGCAAAGUA